AUGCCUCCUAGAAAACGUUCUGCUGUUGUGAAUGACCGUCCUAAACGGGCCAAACGAACAAAGAAAACCAGCCCAUCCGAGAUAAGUGAAGUAACACCUCCACUUCCAGCUACGAGUUCCACAGCUAGCCAUUCCCAGAAUGUCAAGAACAGCUCCUUGGAUGUCAGCUCUCUAUCAAGCACCAUUUCUGCCGCCGUUUCCGAAGCCCUUCAGGCUGCAUUUCCUGGGGAUAACAUAGCUGCCAAUUUAAAGAACAGUGUUCCUGACACCUCCAAUCCUGUCUCCCCUUCCGUGGACGACGAAGUGCGUGCCAUCACCGGGGACAAUAGUUUCUCAGGUAUCGGGGGCGUUCCUGCACAAGCUGGUUUGGCUGAACCACAACCCCAGCAGAUUUUUACUGGUAUUGUGGUGGGUCUUCCCGCCCGGGUUAGCGCUAAACUUAAAGCCAAAAUAUGGGCAAACGAAUAUGUAGACUUUGGGGCAUUGCCUUUUUCCUCCCCUCAAAAUGAAGGCAAAUAUUCGUUAUCUAUGACGCCUUCUGCUGGGCCGCAAUGCUCGCCACAGUUCACGCUCGAGCCCUCACAAUUCAACAAAAAGAUUACUUCGAUACAUCAAUGGGCUUCGGCAUUUCAUAUUUUUGUCUCAGUCUAUGCGGAGCGCUUCUCUAGCGAAACUCCAAGUUUAAUGAAAUAUUGCGAAGUUGUACGAGAUUUGGCUUUUAAAUCAGGCGAUUGGCUUUGGUAUGACGAACACUUUUGUUAUAUCAGACAAUCGAACCCAGCACUUUACCCAUGGGACCAAAUACACUGGGAAUUAUGGCUAAGAGCUGCCAAUAGUUUUCGUAGGCCACAGUCAUUCACAAACAAAUUUCAGACUCAAACUCGUCAACGCUUUCGACCUCCCCCUUUUCCAAAGGGAACUUGCUGGGCCUUUCAAGCCGGGAAGCAUUGCCCUGGCUGCCAAUAUGACCACUCCUGCUUUAAAUGUGGAGCAAAACACCCAGGCAGUCAAUGUGCCAUUCAAGCAAUCACACCCCAUUUCAGAGGUAAGGGUAAAGGAGGUCCGACUCAAGCACUGGGUUCUACAAAGUCCCCCGGUUACCCCGGUAAAAGUGGAUCGUCUUAA